GAGAGAUAGGUGCGUGAGAUAAAACAGGCACUGCUUCGCCCUAACACACUAUUUGCAGCAAAGACGCCGCGCCCCCAACUCAGGCUUCAUUACACAUCGGUUGGGGAUUUUCACUUCACGAUGCGGCAUACAAGGUGUUUCAUCCUACUUUUAUGUGCUGUGCAGUUGUUGCUGCCCUGUUCAGCUGGGACCUCUGACUGGGAGAUGCAGAUGGGUCUCCCUGAACUAACAUGCCCAGCCUUCUUUCAGCAAGUUGGAGAUCAAUGCCUCUUCUUUAGUUUCAUGGGGCCUUCAAAUUUCAAGUCAGCGAAGCAAUUCUGCGUCGGUCUACAAGCUUCCUUGGUUAUCAUCAACAGCGCUACUCAGUUCGAGAAUAUCCUCAUUUACAUCAGAACUCACGGAUACGAAUCCUCCUCCUUCUGGGUCGACGGUUCCAACGUUAAGAAUGAAACUGUCUGGGUCGACUCGAACAAGGACCUGGUCGUCAUGAAUACCCCCUUCUGGUUAGCCUCCGAGACAGUCCACAAACCUAGCACCGAAGAUGCCACAAACUGCAUUGCACUCGAAGACCAGUACGGUUUCUUCAUGAACAACGUCGAUUGCGAGGGCCUACACAGCGCUCUCUGCGAAUACCCCUUGCCAACUGGAGUCGAAGAGAGCGUAGAUGAAGAAAAUGCGUCUGUUGAAUGUCCUCCUUUCUUCGUGGAUGUCGGUGGCACUUGUCUGGCCUUCGUCAUUUGGGAAAACGUUGCCUGGGAAGAUGCCAACAUCCCAUGUAUCGGCAUGGAAGGCGAACUGGCUAUUUUGAACAACAUACAACAGCUCAGAGAUAUUUAUGAGUAUCUGCAUAAACAUGAGAUCCAUCAACAUUCCUUCUGGAUUGGAGGAUCGGACAAGGAAGCAGAAGGGCUUUGGGUCUGGAACGACGACACUAACAUUACCAUGGAUAGUCCUUGGUGGGGUUAUUCCAGCGAUGGAGACAAGUGGGUCCCAGAGCCAACCGGUGCCGAGGGAGAGAACUGCCUUGCUCUAACCUCAGAAGGGGAGCAUUACCUUAGAGACAAAGUCUGUUCUGAAUUAUUCAGUCCUCUCUGCAUGAUCAGCACAAAGUACCUGUAACUCAUGCAGAAUAUGAACUACGGGAACUGCACUCAGGUCGACUUUUACUUUGGCAUUUUUCUGUAGCUACGAGGUCUUGGGGAUACAUUCGUCUGUGAUCGUCCUAUCGAGUCGUUUUUCGUGACUGAAACGAAGAAAGUCAAAGUUCUAUAUGAUUUGACCAGGCAAAAGGUUAAGUUAGGAAAGGCGCUCUUUGGUUUAGUCGAUUUAUCUGUGUCUCGAAAACAUCUAGUUUUCUAUCAUUGUAAUGGUCGAGACUGAAAUAAACUUUUGACGAGGAUGAACCUGA